UCAUGGAGAGAGAGAUCGAAAAACAAAAAAGCUGAGAAAGAAAGACUCUACCCUUUUUCCAUCAUAGUAAAACUAGAAGACAAAGUAGAUUGCUCCCCACGCCUUUUUCCACUCAUAAUAUCCAUUUCCCAGUACCGAUUGUUUGGCUGCGAUUUUCUCAAUUUUUUUACAGCUUCUAACUCAAUCGGCAGUCUGCAUUGUUGUAAGACAUCCUGAUCAGCCGCUGUAGAUAAAUGGAGGACGUUAUUUUAGAGCAAAAGGAUGCAGGGGAUUGGAUCUAUAGAGGAGAAGGAGCUGUUAAUCUUAUCCUCGCCUAUACUGGAUCGUCUCCCGCAUUUAUUGGGAAAGUAAUGCGAAUACAAAAGUCGCAACGGAACGGCAACACCGGCUUGAAAGGAAAUAGAGCCUUAUCAACGCAUGAACGGCUUCUUUGGCGAGAAAAUGAGGAGCUAACGGCGUCGCCAAACAGAGAGAUUCUAGAGCAGCUCUACGUCAAGCAUGUCAUGAGCCCAUUGUUAGGACCAAAACAUGUCGAUGUUGGGAUUCGUGUUCAUGUUACCAAGGAAUUCCUCAAGUCUGUUGAGAAGAACGUGACUUUUUACCGGCCUGCUUGGAGAGUUGAUUCAUCCCAGGUUGAUGUCAAUCGUGAUUCUGUGCUGAUCCUAUCAGAUCACUCAAUCUUUCCAAAUCGUAAUCUUAAAGAUGAGCCAUGUAUAACUGUUGAGAUAAAGCCCAAAUGUGGAUUUCUCCCAAUUUCAAGAUUCAUAGCUGAAGAAAAUGCUGUUAAGAAAACCGUAGUUCGGUUUAGAAUGCAUCAAGCAUUGAAGUUGCUUAAUCAAGAGAUAUCAGAAUAUAGUAAAUAUAAUCCACUGGAUUUUUUCUCUGGAUCCAGAGAAGGGAUACAAAAAGCUAUUGAAGCUCUAUAUGCCACCCCUCAGAACAAUUUCCGUGUAUUUUUGAAUGGCUCUAUUGUGUUUGGGAGCCUGGGUGGUGGUGCAGACAGCACUACUGCUCUGGUUGGUGAGGCCUUUGAAGAUACACUUAAGAAUGUCAUUCGGGCAGAUAAUGGCCAGCGCACAGCUAGUUUUAUACAGCUUGUUGCUGAGACAAUUUAUGCUUCUGGUGCUUUAGAUCAACUUCUUGAAGUUCAGAAGCUUGAUACUCAUGACAUUGAAGGGGCAAUUCAUGCUUAUUACAACAUAACUUCUCAACCUUGUAUGGUCUGUAGAGAAUUGAGUAAAGGCAAACUAUCAUGCCGCUAUACCUCUUUGCAGUCCAUUCCAUUGGAUGAAAGAUUGAAGAUUGUAAAGGAGUAUUUGAUAGCUGCAACUGCAAAGGACUGUAGUUUGAUGAUUAGUUUUAGACCGCAGGAAGAUGGUAGACUCCCUUCUCACAAUACUGUAUAUCUGGGAUCAACUGACCAAGUGUUUGAGUACUAGGUGUAUUUCAUUGAUUUGGAUCUGAAACCUUUUACGAAAAUGGAGACCUGUUACGAGUUGGAUAAGAAAAUUGUUAGCUGCUAUUCUCAGAUGGUGAAAACUGAGCAUGAAACCGACAAAGCUGUUAGAAUGAACUCCAAUGGAAGUGUAAGAGAUCAAAGGAAUGCUUUGGAAGACAGUUUCUUUAAUUGUUAGACUGAAGAUUGUACUGGUUAGUUCUUAUUAAAUGGUUCCCAGAUCGUUGUAAAAGUAAAGACUGUAAGAGCGAAGGUGAAUAUCGCUUAUCUUUAGGCUCAGGUUCUUCCUUUCACCUCUUUUUGGGGCUUUUGGAUUUCCCUUGCAGAAAAUAAUCUUUUGU